UGAUCUUGAUUUUACUAAACAUGGUCGACGCAAGAUGCUUCGAGUUCAAGUUCCUUCAUGCAUUUCUGGUGCUGCUUUUGUUGCUGCACAUGAAUAAUCCUUCCAUUGGAUGCAUAGAGAGGGAAAGGGAAGCACUCCUUGCAUUCAAACAAGGCAUCGUGGAUACCGACAAUCAACUCUCUUCCUGGGGAAGCUCAGAAGUCCAAAAUGAAGAUUGUUGCACAUGGAAAGGAGUCGAGUGCAAUCUAACUGGCCAUGUAAUUGAACUCCAGCUUUUUAACCAGUCUUUGCAAGGUUCAGUCCCUGAUGUUUGGGGCAACAUGAGCUCUCUGAGAGUCCUUAACCUCUGGGAAAACCAAUUCAAAGGAGGGUUCCCAAAUUCCUUUUCCAAGUUAUGUAGUUUGCAAACAUUGGUUCUUUCGAAUAAUAAUCUCACUGGACAAUUUUCGGAGCUCAUUCAAAUGUUGUCUAAAUGUGCUCAAAACUCAUUAGAUUUUUUGGAUCUCUCUGACAAUCGAUUAAGCGGAAGCUUACCCGAAAGUAUUGAGAAAAUGGUACGGUUGACAUAUUUACACGUAUCUGGAAAUCAAUUAACCGGAAGAUUGCCUGAAAGUAUUGGGAAUAUGUCAUUGAGAGAAUUAGGUCUCUAUGGAAAUCGAUUAAGCGGGAGACUACCUGAAAGUAUUGGACAAAUGUCCAAACUGGUUUAUAUGAACCUCGGUAUGAAUUCUUUGGAAGGAGAGAUUUCAGAGACUCAUUUUUCCCAACUUUCCAUGUUAAAGACUUUGGAUUUAUCCUCUAACUCGCUAGUUUUGAACUUCCAUUCUGAUUGGGUUGUAAGACAAUAA